AAAGAGGUAUAAAUAUAUCUAUAAAAAACUGUACUGCUAAAGUAAAAAAAUCCCACUAUUUUCUAUUUAGAGAUUGUAUGGAAAUCAUUCCUUUACCUAACACAAUAUUCUUUAUCUAGUAUCUCAUUAACACGAUAUAUUUUUAUUUGAUUUACAUACAUAUUAGUUAACCAAUCUAACUAAGAAGAUGGUAGUAUUUACUAUUGGAAGGGUAAUAAUAGGAUUUCUAGCAGCAUGGCUAAUAGUUAUUAUACUUUUAAGUGGACCUAUGUUCCAUAACAAUGAGCCAGAAGAACAGAUUCUUGUCAGAUUGUCUCGAGCACUUGGUGAAUUAGAAGCUUUAAAACUUCAGAAUGAGGAGUUAAAAUCCCUUUUAAAUUCCCUGCAGCUAUCAUCUAGCUCUGAGAAAAAUGAAAAGCUUAUCUCCUUAUCAUUGAAGGAUAAUUUAAAAACAAAAGAAGGCACUUUUAUGCAAGAACAAAGUGGUAAAAAUGUGAUGAUGAGAGAGCCUUCAAAAGAAUUUGAAGAAACUAGGAGGCUUAUUGAAGAUGGUGUGCUUGAAAUGGGUUAUUAUUUAAAUGCGGAGUUGAAAAAAUUAAAUGUCUCGUUAGGUGCUGACAAAUCUAAAAAAGUAUCUCUGCUUAUGGAAGAUGCAAAUAAUUACAAAAGAGUUCUACUUUCAAACCUCAAUAAAUUUAAAAAUUUAGAUGGUUUAAAUAAGUGGCGUGAAAAAGAGGCACGAGAACUGGGUGAUAUUGUUCAAAAGCGAUUGCAUUAUCUGCAAAAUCCUAAGGAUUGCUCUUCUGCCAAGAAACUUUUGUGCAAUUUGAAUAAGGGUUGUGGAUAUGGUUGCCAGAUUCAUCAUGCUGUUUAUUGUUUUAUAGUGGCUUAUGGUACAAAACGUACCCUUAUUUUACGCUCAAACAAUUGGAGAUAUGCUUCUAAAGGAUGGGAGUCUGUUUUUCUUCCUAUUAGUGACACAUGCAAAGACGAUAGUGGCUCUUCUCGGGCAACUUGGCCUGGUUCAGACUCCACACAGGUGGUUGAUCUUCCAAUUAUUGAUAACGUAAGGCCUCGUCCAAUUUAUUUGCCUUUAGCCAUUCCUAAAGACCUCUCUGAAAGAAUUGUAAGGUUGCAUGGUAACCCUGUUGUUUGGUGGAUAUCUCAAUUUGUGAAGUAUCUUCUUAGACCUCAAGAAUUUAUGAAAACACUUUUGGAAAAAGUAGAAGAAAAAAUGGACAUAGUGCAUCCUGUUGUUGGCAUUCAUGUUCGUAGAACUGACAAGAUUGGUACCGAAGCUCAAUUUCAUUCCAUCGAAGAGUACAUGGAACACGUCGAAGAUUACUUCCGUCUUCUAGAACUUAAGAGCUCGGUGGACAAAAGAAGAGUUUAUCUUGCUACAGACGAUCCCACUUUGUUGGCCGAAAGUAGGAAAAAAUAUCCAGACUACAUAUUUUAUGGAGAUCCGGAUGUGGCUAAAAGUGCAUCGGUUGGUCAACGUUAUUCUACUGAGUCUUUAAAAGGAGUAAUUAUCGACAUCCACAUGCUGUCAAAAUGUGAUUAUUUAGUUUGCACAUUUUCAUCUCAGGUUUGCCGUCUUGCAUACGAAAUCAUGCAAAACUUCCAUCCAGAUGCAUCGUCUUACUUUCGCUCCUUGGAUGAUAUAUUUUAUUUUGGAGGUCAAAAUGACCACAAUCAGCUAGCCAUUUUUAAUCACACAGCCCGCAACUCUAAUGAAAUUUCAAUGGUAAAAGGAGAUAUCGUUGGAAUUGCUGGAAAUCAUUGGGAUGGUUAUUCUAAGGGUUUGAAUCGAAGAACUAAAAAAAGUGGACUAUACCCUUCGUAUAAGACGAUUGAAAAAUUGGACUUGGUAGAUUUUCCUAUUUAUUCAGAAGCGGAUGAACAUUAGUGUAAUUUCAUAUCGGAAAAUUUCUAUAGAUUUUAAUCACUAAGAUAACAUACAAACACAAUAUUGUCUUAAGAAUGAAACUGUUCUACACUACUUAAAAUAGACAAAUAUCAUUGGUGCUGACAAAUAAUUAAUAUGGACAUAAUUAAUAUGUAUGUAUAAUUAAUAUGGACAUACGAUCAAAGUAGCAAACACAAUUUAAAGAUUUAAAAAUAUUAUUUUUAUUUUAGUUAUUAAACAAAAGAUUUAUUGAAUACUUCAGUUAAUAAGCAAAAAGUUUAUUAUGUUUAAUUGAUGAAAUUAUCAAUAUUUUUUAUGCUAUUUUAUUGUUGAAUAUUUUAUAGUUAGAAGGGUCAUUAUUAAUAAUAUAUAUUUUUUAAUUAAGUAUUGCUAAAUCUGGUGUGAUAUUUUUAUUAUAUGUUCUAUAAAAGAAACUUUAGAUUUAAUCAAGACUAUGCACUUUAUCAAUGUUGUGUGUUGUGUCUAUUUCUAAAUAGAUUACAGCUUGGUGGUUUGCUGUCUACAAGUUUUAGUGUCAGUAUCUUUUUAAAUUGUUUUUCCCACAAUCUGGUAAUUUUAAUAUUUUAUCUUUGUACUCU